AUGUUGGAUCUGUGUAAAACAGAGAAGCUGAAAAACAAGAGGCUUGGAUCAAAGAAUAUUCAUCCUGUGAUGUACCUGGACACAUCAUCAGUGAUAUUUCCUGGAAUCACUGGGCCAUCAUACAUGACACCAGGCUUCUGUGGUACACCUUCUCACUGCAGGAUGUCUGAAGAUGUGAUCCAACACCACCAGGAAGCUGCUGGUUUCCAGAACAGAUGCCACCUGGAAUUCACCAUUACCCUUCAGUUAGUAGACAGGGCAGAGGAACCUCGUAUAUCAUCUUCGAAGCCUGAGACACUUACUAAAGAAACCAGAGACUUUCUGAAAGAAGUGACAGCAGAACUACAGGAGUGUGUGCCUGCAGUGGUCCUUAUACAGGAACUGGAGAGUUGUAUAUCAACCGAUAUUAAAGAUCAAAUUGAACUGGAAUAUGAAAUUAAAGGGAACGAGGCUGCUGUGAAUAGUUUACUUCAUCAUCUUGCAUCAAGUGAGCACUGGCAGUUGAGACUAGCUGAAGCUUUACUCAGUUCCAGCAUCAACCUACCUGACUUAGCUGAGAAAGUGAAACGGUCCCAAGAAGAUCUGGUGUCUAAGAAUUACCAUUUUAGUAACAAGUACAGCUGUGGGAAAAAUAAUAAUAACUACUAUAAAAAUACUUACAAAUCACUGCAAAACGAGGUGAGCAGACAGUGGAGUAUUCCAGAUGAAUCUAAAUGGGAAUCCAUUCUACCAAACCUACUUGGGCCCCUGAAACGAUUGGACCAAGAAUACCCUGAAAGCUGGAGACUGUUGGCUUUACAUCUUGGCUACAGUUUGGAAGAAGUAUCACAACUUGAAGACAUAAGCUUGAAAACUGAUUCAGGUAGCUCUCUGGUUAAUCUUAUUUACAACUGGCUUACUCACACUAAAUCUGAUAUAGAUACUUUGUUAAUUGCACUUGGAAAGAUGCAGGAUGCACAAGAGGUACUGAACAACACUCAUGUAAGUGAACACAUGCCAUACUCUGUUCCAUUUGUCGAAGGAAAUAACAUGGAACCUCUGGUAGGCGAUGGGCAGAAAUUAAACUCUGCUCCUGGCUUGCUGCCCAACAGCAAAUUCCAGAAUAUUCAGCACGAGGCAGGUAAAGACAGUGCCCUGGAUGCUAAACAUACAUUGGACAGCAACAAGACAAUAAACACUGCAUCGCUUGAUGCAGACAAUAAUAAUGAUUUAGAAGAGCAUAGAUUCAUGUCAAAUGCUGUCUUCCUUGAUACUGAUGCUAAGAAUGUGUCUCACUACAAUGAUGCUGCCUCAAAUCAUAGUUCUUCCGGUGGUGAUAGCGAUAGUAAAUAUGAACAAAAGACAGAAGCAGUUUCAGAAGAGCUGUUUGGUGAGGAUCUGUCCCAAGUGAGCAAAGAUACAGAAUAUGAAUCCAAAAUUCUACAGAGGAAUGAAGCAACACUUAAUAUCCCUAAUUUUAAUCAAGUUCCUGAGAAUUGGUCCGUCAGAGAUGACCUUCAAUCUGAUAGGAAUCUUGUUUCACCAACUUUGACACCACUGCUUCCACAAAGUUCAGUCAUUAGUUCAAUGGUAACUCCAGAUUAUUCAACAUCUCCUAGUUACUCAAAGGAGUCAUUGCCAUCAUCAUCGUCGUCAUCAUCAUCUACCAAGCAGGAAACUCCUGAAAUGUCUAAUUUUUAUUCCAACAGUAGUUCUUCUGAUACAUCGCUUUCAAGCCCAUUUUUUGCUAAGGACUCUGUUUCUGGUUCAAAGUCCAGUUCCUCACUUCCGCAGACCGGCAGCACGAGUCCUUUUGCUUACUCCAACACACAGAAGCCUAAAGAAGCUGAGGAACUGAAUGAAACUGAUACCAUAAACCAAAACAGUGUCUUAUUAGAAAGUAAAUUGUCAAGUUCCAAUGAUGUUCUUGAAGACUCUGAUAAAACUAUUACACCUGAUGCUGAAAAUGUUGCUAAAGCCAUUUCGGAAAUUCCAUCAGAAAGUGUUAAACCAUCAGUAGAGACUACUUCAACACCUGAUCACCAUAUCGAGGAUAAUUCCGAUGUUAAAGCAGAAAUUUUGGAGCCAACAGUUCCUGAAAGUGGCUUCCAAAAUAUUGCAUCAGAUGCUUUAAGCGAUUCUGAGGUAAACGUAGUGAAAACUGGUGGGUCAUUUGAAUUGAGUAAAGGAGACAGUGUGGCUGCAUUUCAGAGUCAAAUGUCUGGGGAUACUGCUAGGGAUCAUUCUGAAAAAACGAGUCCAAAAGAUGGCUUCCAGGAUGAAAUAUCUCUUGAAACUAAGACUACAGUUCCCGAGGAAACUCAGCAUAAGAAAGUUCUCUCUGAAACAUCACAUGAUAGAGAAACACCUACCUUGGUGGCUCAGAAAAUCUUGCCUGAAGAGGCCAGUGCUUUGGAUUCAGGAUUUGAAAGCAAGUGUGAAGCUGAAGUGAUGGACUCUGCGAAUACCGUUGAUGUAUUCGAAGCUGACUCUCAAGAUAUUCUAGAUAAAAGCCUCAGUAAAUCUGAAGAAUCUCUAAUUAAAGAUGAACACGGAAGUCACAUAGAGAAAUCUGCUUCUGAAAUUGUCGACUCAGCUAUUGAAGCAGCUAUUCAGAUAAAGGCAGAGCAAGAGAACAAAGAAAAGGAAGAACCUGCCUCAAAGAUAGACUUUAAACGUCAUUUCACUCCCCAAAAUAUCAGUUACUUUGUUUUGGGAGCCGCCAUUUUUAGUACUACAUUGAUUUUAUUGAAUAAGUUUUGGAAAUAAAGGAAGAAAUGGGACCUGAGGAAGGUUAGCUUUUAUGAGUUUCUAUAUCUAUGGCAAUAUUCUGUAGUUUAGCAUAAUGUAACAGUGAGAUAUUAUUAAACUAAUUAAACUUUCCUUUUAAUCCUUUCAUGGCUUUGGGUUUAGUCAAAAGUAAGAUAGUUAAUUCAGGAUCUAUCACUAAAAUCUUUUUCUAAUGUUAAUCUACUUUUAUAUCCAUAUAUAUAUAUAUAUAUAUAUAUAUAUAUAUAUAUAUAUAUAUAGGGAGAGAUUACGAGAGAAACAAAAGACGAAGGCAGGUGGUAUACAAAACAAACAGAUGUAUUAGUAUAACGCUCAGGAAUAGAAAAAGUCUUUUACGUUUCGAGCCUAUGCUCUUCUACAGAAAGAGACACAGAAAAAACAAGGAGAGAAACAAGAUAUAUAUAUAUAUUUGUUUCGAUCUAAAUUUAGUUAGUUUUCUAGAUUCAGUUUAAAUUAUUUACAUUGCUGUUUUAUUUGCAGACUUGCUUAUUAAAAAUUUUUAAAAUACUAUAUUAGUUUUAUUUGAGAAGGCAUCAACAACUUUUUGUAAGGUCAGGGUACAGGUGAAGUGGGUUGAUUGACUCAAUCUCAGUUUAUUGUUGAUACUUAUUUUAUUGAUUUGAGAUCAAUAAUCUAUGAAACUUGCUGUUUAACAGUAGUGAACAAUACUGCUUCUUCUCUUUUACAUGACACCCAUUGAAAGCUAAGUGAAUUAGCUUCAUUGAAAGUUAAGUCAGUUUGUUAGGGAAUACAGCAGAGUUGAAAGGACAAAAACUGCUAACCCUUUAACAUUUAAAGCAGCCAUAUCCAGCUCAGAUGUUCUGUUUUAUGUUCAAACUGACCAGAUCCAGCUUCUUACACCAACCCUACAAUGCCAUUCU